GAGCUGGUUGCCUGGCUAGAUCUUGAGGAUAGGUAUGGGGGUGUACUCAUCAUGCUUAACAGCCGAGUUUUCGAAGAGCCUUCAGUGCAGGAAAUAUACCCAGGAGAUUUCAAUGCUCAGCUGAUGGUGCAGCGACCACAUGUUGGCACCACGUGCUGCCAGCCGGGCGAAGGUGCCUGUGAUGCCUUUUCACAGGCCCAAGCCCUUCAAAGCACUGUGCAUCAGGAACUGGCAAAGAUCGAAUCCACAGAGCUGCACCAGGUUCGCCACUCAAUCAACAGUGCUCUGCUAGAUGCUGUGGAAAAGCACUUUCCGCACUCCAAGCCAGCCGAUAACCGCCUCAGUGCACAAGGUGAGUUUCGAGCCUCUGCCAAGCAUACCUGGCAGCUCUACCGGGAGAUGAAGGCUGCAUACACUGUCACGGCACACUCAGUAUUCCGACAGUGGCAGGCGGCUGCUGCCUUCAUGAAGGCAUCCAAAGCCCUACGCCAUGCUGCAAUAUGCGCGGUCCAUGCCGAUGAUCCUGCUGCGAUUUGCAUGACCGAAGGGCUUGCCAUCUCUGAUCAAGCUGUGCAGCAAGAACUGCAGAAGUUAGGCAGCAUCGCUGGCCUCCUGGGCCCUGCGUUGCGCCAGCACUUCCAGGACCUUCCCCAGUAUGCUUAUGCUAAGUCCCGUGAUGCCAUUCUCAGAGUCCACAUGCAUUUUGAGGAAGUUGGCGAUUGUCUUCGAGAGAAUCAGAUCAACAGGCCGAACAUUGGUCGCCACACGACCACUAACGGCUUGAAACAAGGAUGCUGCAUAGCCCCUUUUCUUUGGUCCUUUUACACCGUUGCCGUGAUGCAUACUCUACGGGAUAAGCUAGGAUCGGAGUGGCUUCAGCAAGCCCUUGUUCUCUUUGCGGAUGAUCACUGGUGUCAGUGGAUAAUCAAAAGUAAAGCUGAUUUUGAGCACUGCCUCGCACAACUCACUGUCGUUCUUGAAACCUUACUGGAUUUCAAAAUGUCGGUCAACUACAAGAAAACUGCUGUUUUGUUACGACUUGAGGGCAAACAAGCCAAGGCAGUGAUGCGAGAGCACACAAGGAAGAAAAAUGGAGAAACUUCCCUUUGUAUCAUGGUGAAGGGUCAAGAGCAACUCAUUCCAGUGAAGGAAACUCAUGAGCAUCUAGGCACCAAGGUCACCUAUCACCAUAGGCUGGAUAGGAAUCUGGGACAUCGCUUGCAGUCAGGCCAGGCCAAGUAUCAGGCCCUCCGAAAAGUCCUGAACGGACACCAUUCCCUUCAUGUCAACUACAGACUUCGCCUUUGGGCUGCCUGUGUCCAAACUAGCAAGCAUUACUCCCUCCCCGCGGUUGGCCUCACCCGCUCGGGUUUAGAGAAACUUACCACAGCAUCCACCAAACAGAUAAGAGCAAUUCAAAAGCUACCAUCCCACCUGACGAGAACAACCAACAACCAAGUUUGGCAACAAGCCGGCAUGCUCAAGCCCGGUCAGGCCCUGCUGCAAGCCCUACAGCGCUUCCGAGCAGCUUUGCAGCGACGCACCAGUUCGGUGCCCGACAUCACUACCCGUGCUGAUGUGCAUAUCUAUGUUGCUCGGCUUGAGGCAAACCUGAGUGCCCUGCUCCAACAGCAGGAGAUGCAGGAUGCUCAGCUACCAGUGGACAGCAUGGACAUCCCGUGUCCCUACUGUGAUGAAGUGUUCAGUACAGAGAAUGCCAUGCGCAUCCAUUCACAACUAGCGCAUCAAGACCUGCCUCCCCGAGCUGCCAGCUCUCCCACUCAGUUUGUGCCGCGACUUCAUGCGUGUGGCGGUCCACAAUGCCGCUUGUGCCUCAGAACCUUCUAUAAAUGGCAAAACCUCAAAGAGCACAUCGAAAGCGGAGCAUGCGACAAGUUAGGAGGCGAGAGCCUCACUAAACACCCAGUGAAAGUAGAUGCCCAGGCCGUGGCGGUGCAGCCAUCGCGAGAGAGCAACCCGCCGGACUCUGCCACCGGUGUGUCGCAAAACGUUCCUCUGUUCGAACGAGUGCGCUUUGCUCAGCAACGACAUGAUUGGGAGUCCCUUUUGAGAGACCCGUCGUUGCACAGCGACCUCCAAAGCCAUUGCACAUUGUGUCACAUGUGGAUUGCCUCAUUUCGACAUGUCAAGCAGCACAUUUGCAAAGUUCAGAUGACGGACCCCUCGCAAGGCCUCAAUCCGGAAGCCGACAUCUUCGCCUUUUGCAGCCCCACGCUCCUUCAAUCAAAGCAGACCAGGACACAGCAGCUACGGAAGGAGCAAGAAGCCGAGGUGGAUUCUGGCGAGCCGAAGGAAUCCACACAGCCGCCCAAGAGGCCAAGGCCAGAGCCGAACCCGCUGAUUGCAUCCCGCCAGUCAGCAGCCUCGAAUCCUCGACGACAACAACGACCACCCAAGGGCCAGAGCCUCUCCGCGGAGGCCAGACUCAUGGCAAAGCUGUUGAUCUAUCACGAGGACCAGCUGGCUGCCCAGCGGAUGGACAAGGACUUCGUCCUCUUCAUGCGGCAGGACUAUGCCAGCAUAAUCCCCAACCUCCACGCCAUUUCGGUGGAGUGGCAUGCCAAGAAAGAGGAGGGAGUCGAAGGCCUCACCUCCUCGCUUCGCACUCUGCUGUUGGCGUGUUUGGUCAAGGAAAUGCUCGCCCGGGUUCAGAAAAUGGCCUCGACUCAGGAGGGACAAGAAAAACUCCAACGCACGAAGUGGAUGGAUCUCGACCAACAGUGGACCUUUCUACGAUGGUGUCACAAAACAAAGAAGCUCGUGGUCGACGACAACAAGCCGAGCCUGAGCCACACGGAGCUGGUGCGACAGCUCACCUUCCUGCUCGAGAACCUUCGCGGCGACGUGAUCCACAAGUUUCACAGCACCAAAGGCCUGGAUCAGGUGGAGGAAAAUGCAUCCAACCUUCCAUCCGUGACCUUUUUGCUGGGCACGGGGAGAACGAGCUCACGAGAUGCACGAGGUUCUGUGCAAGCUGCUGGGCUGUUCGGCCUGGCAGCUGAUCGGAGUAUCAAUGAAGCGGGAAGGCCUUCAGCGAGCACCAGCGGCCAAGCAAUUGGCCAAGAUGCUCUACGGCAAGUGAGCGACGAGGCCAUUGCAGUGCAACAGCUGCCAGGCGCCAUCCCGCACGUGCAUCGCGAUGCUUGGCACAUCCCUAACUUUAGCCUCCUUAACAGUGGUAAUCAUUGUUAUGCCAUCUCCUUCAUGUACUCACUUGACAUAGCCAUGCAUCGAGCUCACCAGAGUGAGCACUCUCCAGCUGUGCUGCAAUGUCUGCAAGGCUACCACCGAGUGAAAGUUUUUCAUCAUCUGGGGUUUUUGGCUUUGGGGUGGCAGGAGCCUGAGAGACAACACGAUGUGACAGAAUUUAUCGACUUCCUGCACCCCAAGCUAUUCCCCAGGUCCUUCUUGGGGGCAUGGCAAGGACGUAGUUUGGAUGAUGAUGCAGUGAUGCAGAGGACUGAGGACAAUCCCUCUUCCCUCUGCAUUGGCCUUGGCGCAUUGCCUAAACAUAGCCCAGAUGUGCAAAGUCUGAUCAACCGGUAUGCACAGGAGUUUCGGCAAGCACUGAUGCAGAAAGCUCCAUGGCUUUUCCUACAGCUGCCACGCUUCAGGCACCAAGCAGGUCGGAUCGCAAAGGCCAAGCAGUGUUACGCAUUGCCUGUCACUGUCAAGGUGCCAAUCUUUCGUGACAACCAUACCAUGGCAGUUCAGUGGCAGCCCUACUCAGUAGUAGCUCUCAUCUGUCAUCGUGGUGCCACCCCCUCUUCAGGCCAUUACUAUGUGGUGACUCCGGGCCAGAGGGGAUAUCUUGCCCUUGAUGACGACAAAAAGCCUGCUGAUGUUGGGGCUGAUACCCUUAAGCAAGUCAGCAGAGACAUGUAUGUCAUUGUGCUCGCUCUUUCAUCUGAAGCUUCCCAUUCAGUAGCCGGAGGAGAUGCUCAACAUGAUCUUCACAGUUAUAGCCAGCAGGAAGCAACAGCCCCUACAGCCAGCGGCCAUGGCUUCCAUCUGGCUGAGGUACAUGGACCUCCACGGCGAGGAAUGGAUUGCCAGUCAGAUUUACCUGCUGGAAGUGCAUCUCCGUCAGAUGUGCCAAGAUAUGGGAAUUCUGCAACAACGCCACAACAGCUUACAGUAUCAGAUCUCCCUUCUCAUGCGCAACCAGCGCCACCUGGCACAGCAGCUCGCGUCGAAAAGCUCGCCCAACAAGUACAGACAAACUCCGCAGCUGAUUGA